AUGGUGGGGCUGGACCAGGACGUGAUUUCACCUCCUUUCCCACCCAAACCGUUCUCUGCCGCGAUCGGGCCGGACGUCCGCCUGUGCUGCUACGGGCUGCGCCUCAAGCACGUCAAGUCGGACGAGGCGCACUGGCUGCACCCGCGGCUCACCGUGGGCCAGGCGCAGCGCCGCUACGAGUGCCUGCACCGCGAGGCCGAGUGGAGGUACGACCUGCAGAUCCGGUACCUGCCCGAGGAUUUCAUGGAGAGCUUCCAGGAGGACCGGACCACGCUGCUCUACUUCUACCAGCAGCUCCGCAGUGAGUACAUGCAGAGCUACGCCAGCAAGGUCAGCGAGGGCAUGGCGCUGCAGCUGGGCUGCCUCGAGCUCAGGAGGUUCUACAAGGACAUGCCCCACAAUGCGCUGGACAAGAAAUCCAACUUCGAGUUCCUGGAGAAGGAGGUGGGGCUGGACCUCUUCUUCCCCAGCCAGGUGCUGGAGAACCUCAAGCCGCGGCAGCUGCGGAAGAUGAUCCAGCAGACGUUCCAGCAGUACGCGCUGCUGCGGGAGGAGGAGUGCAUCCUGAAAUUCCUGCACACCCUGGCCAGCUUAGCCCCCAUCGACCAGGAGAGCUUCCGAUGCCAGCUCGUCCAAGGAUGGAACAUCACUGUGGACCUGGUGAUCGGCCCCAAGGGCAUCCGCCAGGUGACCAGCAAGGACACCAAGCCCACCUGCCUGGCGGAAUUCCGGGAUAUCAAAUCCAUCCAGUGCUCCGCCACGGAGGAUGGGCAGGCCCUGCUGCAGCUGGGGCUGAGUGGGACCCCCCAGUCGCUGUCCAUCCGGACGUCGUCGCUGGCCGAGGCGGAGAACAUGGCCGACCUCAUCGACGGGUACUGCCGGCUCCAGGCGGGAACGGAGACCUCGCUCAUCGCCCUCCCCGGGAAAGGUGGGAAUGCCAGAGGGGUGGGAUAG